UAAAAUGCUAAACCCUUUCUUUCUAAAACCCUAGUGACUAGGGACUAGCGUCUCGGCACAAAGCUCCGCCAUCGCAAAAACCUGCACCUGCUUUACCAUCGUCUUUUUCUCUGCCCUGAUACAAAAAAUGGCCAAGGCAGAAAUGGGAAGCGAUAGUGAAGCGGAGAAAACGGCGCAGAAGGAGAAGGACAAGAAGAAGUUAGCGGGGCUUGCCCCAAUUGCUAAACCCCUGGCCGGUAAAAAACUCUGUAAACGCACCCUCAAGCUCGUCCGACGUGCUGCAGAGCAUAAGUGCUUGAAAAGAGGGGUUAAGGAGGUAGUGAAAAGUAUUCGCCGCGGCAAUAAAGGAUUAUGUGUUAUAGCUGGAAAUAUAUCUCCUAUAGAUGUUAUCACUCAUGUUCCAAUCCUGUGUGAAGAAUCUGAUAUUCCAUACAUCUAUGUGCCCUCCAAAGAAGAUCUAGCUAAUGCAGGAACCACCAAGCGGCCAACUUGCUGUGUUUUGGUGCUAACUAAACCCACAAAAGGGGAACUUGGGCAGGAGGAACAAGAGAAGCUUAAGGCGGAAUAUGAUCAAGUCACAUCAGAUGUUACUGAACUUGCUAACUCCAUGUUCUAGAUCAAGGACUUUAUUUGUAUUAAAUCGUCAUGCACUCUAGUGCGGAGAUUAUGCCUGAUUCUAUCUCUAAUUUAUCACAUGUUUUACCCAAGGAGAGAAGCAUCUUCACUGUUGUCUUUUGUCUAUA